AAGUUCCAGAACCAGGUUAGAUAAGUUUAUGGGCAGGGGCCACAGAUGACAGGAAUGGGUUGGAAAUAGCCGGGUAAUUGGAACAGACAUUACAGCGAUUCAUUUAGUUAAAACAUGGUUGAAAGUACCAGAACAAGAUUGGAUAAAUUCGUGGAUGUGGGCCACCGAUGGCAGCGAUUGGUUUGAAACAGCUUUCUUUGAAUUAGGUGCUUCAUUUUAACAUCUCCGUGGUGCAGUGGUUACUGUGCCUAACUAUGAAUCUGUGGGCCAGGGUUCAAAUGGCAGGCACACAAGGCACCCAGCUGUUCAUUCUCUCUUUCGGGCUGGUGGAUAAAUGGGUACCUGGGGAAACCUGGGGAAGGGACAUCCAGGCAGCCAUCCAGAAGAGGGUCUCCCAAGUCACCGAACUUCAGGAGGAGAUCAAGGACCAAGAACAGAGUAAUCUGCAAUUAACUCAGCAGCUCACAGCCUCAGAAACCAAGCUGCAACACAUCCACCAGGCGUGGGACCUCAAGCAGGACAGCCUCAACAAAGAGAUCAAGGAGCAGAAACAGGUUCUCGAGGACCUGGAGCGCAACCAGACGGAGCAGGACAUUGUGUGCAAGGAAGUGAGUGAUGACGUGGCUGACCUGGACGGGCAGAUCAGACAGUCCAUGGAGGAGAUCCGGAACACCAACAUCAUGAUAAAGAACAACUACAAGCUUAUCCUCGAUGCUAUGGAGGAAGGCAACGUUGAGCUGAUGUCUGCCCUCACUGAGGCCACCAAGUGUGUGGAGAAGUUUAGGUCUGCAGAGUGACUCCAGUCCUCAGGCGGGCCAAGGCUUCAGAGGAUACCAGGCUGAGGAUCAAUGGGGAUUCAGUUCUUACUUCCGGACUUUAUAUUUUCUAAGGCUUAUGGAUUUACGCCUUUAUAUUUCCUAAGGCUUACGGUUAUACUAUAGUGUUACGUAGUGUUGUCGGGAGCAUUUAUUGGUGCAGCAGUUACUUGCAUCCUGAGUGUUGCAGGGUGUGGCUGUUACUCUGCACUCGUGUACCCAGGCAGGUUUUUACACACCUUUUCAGGCACUUGUGUACCCAGGCAGGUUUUUACACACCUUUUCAGGCACUUGUGUACCCAGGCAGGUUUUUACACACCUUUUCAGGCACUUGUGUACCCAGGCAGGUUUUUACACACCUUUUCAGGCACUUGUGUACCCAGGCAGGUUUUUACACACCUUUUCAGGCACUUGUGUACCCAGGCAGGUUUUUACACACCUUUUCAGGCACUUGUGUACCCAGGCAGGUUUUUACACACCUUUUCAGGCAAGGUAUUUUGCUUUCAUAUCUUCACCUUAGUUUCAGGAUGUCAUUUUCACCUUUUGUAGAUUUUUUGUAUAUUGCAAACAUUUAUUUUACUAAACUUCUACAAAUUUUGGUGAUUUUCCUUCCAUACUCUGUCUUUCACUACAGUGGUAAUAUAUGUAUAUCUCCAUAGUAAAACUCUAAUGCUAAUAA